CAAAAGACGGAAGGAUGCUUUGGUAUUUUUAUUCAAUUCAGAUGGGCCUCUAACUAUUUCAGGCGGACGACAGUUACUUGAAUGUAAUCAGCCUAAGUUGUUCAAAAUCUUAUUUUCACGGGGAGGGUUUUUUCUCUCGUUUAGCAAGGGUUUAGGGAGGUGGCGGAAACCUUUGGGUUUUUCCGAAAAGGAUUCUUAGUGUUCCUGAAGUCUAUAUCAAAGCGAGCAGAUCGUGAUAGCUACAAAGCAAGUUACAAUUUGAGUUUUACCCUAACGAUUCUAUUCCCGUUCGGAAGCGUCUGUGAGUUUUUCACAAAUCCUGGAAGAGUAGCCGCUCAGGGAAGACGUGUCUUCCAAGUUUUCAUCCUGCAGAGACCAGGAUCUAGUUUUCGAAGAUGGCUGCAACCCUAGAUAGUGACGAGAUACCAGUGGAGGAGGAUUCAACAAAAGAUAAUCUCCAUCUGACAGGUGAGAUCGAGAAUCAGCUGAACAACAUAACGCUGGAUGAGGAUGACGAGGAACCCCUUGAGGUCGAAGAUGGUGAUGUGGAUGUUGUACGCAUGGAAGCGGUGAGGCAUCUGGGGCUCCAUGGCCGCCUGGUGUCAGAGAAAAAACCUAACAUCAAGUCAAUGAAGCUAGCACUAUGGAAAGCGUGGAAUCUAAAGUAGACCUUUCAGAUUACAGAUCUACAGAAUAACCUGUUUGCUUUUCAGUUUCUGGACUUUGACGACAGAAACAAGGUUUACUAUGGAGGGCCCUGACACUAUGAGAACUGUCUCAUAGUCUUCAAAGCAAGCUGGAUGAUUCGGAAGCCAGUCCCAGCUGACCUGCAUGAAAUCGAUAUAUGGAUUCAGAUAAAAAAUUUUCCUGCGGAGCUUAGAACCACUUCAAUGGCUGAGAAAAUAGCCAAGAGGUUUGGAGAGUUGGACUAUUUUGAUGACAGCUCAGAGAAGAUGUGGGAAGACUACCUGCGAGUCAGAGUUCACACAUCUAUCAAUAAUCCCCUAAGGAAGAAAAUUAAACUCAAUAUAGGUGGAAAGCUUAU